AUGUCUGAGGGCGAUUUUGGUUGUCUAUUAAAUCUGGAAAGUUUACGACUGAAACAUAAUGCAAUAUCUACAAUUGAAACUAACUCCUUGUGCGGUUUAGAAUCACUUGUUCGUCUAAAUUUGAAGGGCAAUCGCCUAAAAGUUGUUAAAAACGAAAGUUUGGCUUGUCUGUCAUCAUUGGAAGACAUAUACCUUGAAUAUAAUGUAAUCGAAGACAUUGAGCCUAAUUCUUUCCGAAAUCUGACUAAACUUCGCAUGCUAAAAUUAGAACAGAAUUCAAUCACCUAUGUAGAACCGUAUUCAUUUUGUGGAAUGCCUAAAGUAUGGGAGCUAAGUAUACACAAUAACGACAUUGAAUUUAUCGAAAUUGAAACAUUCUGCUCAAUGCCUUAUUUGGAAAAAUUAGAUUUGAAUGACAAUAAAUUACCGAAAUUGUCCAAUGGCAGCCUUGCAUGCCUUUCUCGAUUGACAGAAUUCUCCCUCUCAGGUAAUGAUCUGACGCACAUACAACGUGAUCAUGUUAACGGCUUAACUAACCUUCAAGAGUUUCGGGCUUCUCUAAAUAAACUGGUUUCAAUUGAAGAUGGUACAUUUUGUGAUUUUAGACACUUGGAAACUUUGAGAUUAGAUCGCAACAACUUAUCACAUGUUCACCCUCAAACCCUGUGUGCUCCAAGUUUAUUGAGAGUGUAA